GGCUCAGCUGCUACCCCGCCGUCCGCUCCCGGCGCCUCAGCGCGGCACGCAUGCCAAGGCCCGGCGCCGCCAGGUUGUCUUCUGAAUUUUGGGUCUGAAGGUUCACUCUUGCUUUCUCAGCAAAUCAUGGACAUCGUUGGCUUUCUCAAGUCUCAAUUCAUUUGCCACCUUCUGAUCUGCUACAUAUUUAUAGUGUCAGGACUGAUCAUUAACUUCAUUCAACUCUUUACACUUAUAAUUUGGCCAAUCAACAAGCAACUGUUCAGGAGGAUCAACUGCAGACUGGCUUACUGCAUUUCAAGCCAGAUGGUGAUGUUGCUGGAAUGGUGGUCAGGCACCCAUUGCACCCUCUACACAGAUCCAGAGAGUUACCACAAGUAUGGGAAGGAGAGUGCCAUCGUAAUUCUUAAUCACAACUUUGAAAUUGACUUUCUCUGUGGUUGGAACUUUUGUGAAAGAUUUGGGGUCUUGGGGAGUUCCAAAGUGCUUGCAAAGAAGGAGCUCUCCUACAUGCCUAUCAUUGGCUGGAUGUGGUAUUUCCUAGAGAUCGUCUUCUGCAAACGUAAGUGGGAGGAAGAUCGAAAAACAGUCAUGCAGAAGUUGAUGAAUCUCCGGGACUACCCUGAAAAUUUUUGGUUCCUGAUUCAUUGUGAGGGCACAAGGUUCACAGAACAGAAGCAUCAGAUUAGCAUGCAAGUAGCUGAAGCCAAAGGCCUACCUAAGCUCAAGUAUCACCUGCUGCCGCGAACAAAAGGAUUUGCCAUCACCGUGCAGUGUUUGAGAAAUGUAGUUUCUGCAGUCUAUGAUUCUACACUCAAUUUUAGAAAUAAUGAGAAUCCAACAUUGCUGGGAGUUCUAAAUGGAAAGAAAUAUCAUGCAGAUUUAUAUGUAAGGAGGAUUCCACUAGAGGAAGUCCCAGAAGAUGAGCAGGAAUGUUCAAACUGGCUCCACAAACUGUAUCAAGAAAAGGAUGCAUUCCAGGAAGAAUACUACCUAACAGGAACCUACCCAGCAGUCCCUAUAGUACCACCGCGACGACCAUGGACACUUUUGAACUGGCUUUUCUGGGCCUUAUUGCUGCUAUAUCCUUUAUUCAAGCUGCUCAUCAACAUGAUCAACAGUGGAUCAUCCCUGACACUGGCUAGUUUUGCAUUUGUCAUCAUAAUGGCUUCAGUUGGUGUCAGAUGGAUGAUCGGUGUUACAGAAAUUAACAAGGGCUCCGCCUACGGCAACAACCACAACAAGCAGAAACAAAAGUAGGAUCUUCAGAGACUGCUUCAAUCCAAAGGGAACAACUGCAACUCCUGAAAACUCUUCAGUGCGUAUCAUGGUUCUUCACGGGAGCUCAGAGGAAGGGUGGGAUGGGCAAUUGCCACACUGUGUGCUCCUGCUGGUUUUCUCUGGGGGUUUGGGCCGGAUGAAACACUGGAAAGACGCACCUCUUCCUAUGCUGCCCACCACAGGUUGGCGUUUGGGCGGCUGGUUUGUUUUCCUAUAAAGCAUCUUAAGUUUGGAAGAGAGAAAUUAAUAAAACUCCAGUGUGCUUGUACGAUGAGACUCUACCUGGCAACUAACCAGAGGUGCAGGCUUUCCUAACUUGGUCAGAGGAAUGGAUCAACGUCAGAAGAGCGUUGCAAGAUGAUUAAAAUUGACAGUUGUGUAGAUCACAUGUUAACAGUUUAACCACCGUUGUAACCUGUCAGUGUUUAAAUACAGUAAGAUUCCUUUCUUGAUUAUACCAGUAUUGGACUGAAGCAGCGCUGCUGAACAGGCAGAACUGCAGUAGAGUUUUGCUACAUGUAGAAGUUAUUCUCACCCUGUGCACCACAUGGGCCCUUUAAAACCUGAGCCAGAGCCCAACACUAUCACUUUGUUAUAUCGGAACCUUGAGGUGGCAGAAGCUGGACUGGAAUUUGGCCUCGUGGCCUGAACAGAGUGGUGUUACCACUGCCAAUUCUUUCCCCAGGCAGCAACUCAGAAGCACAGCUGAAACCUCUGAUUCUUUUGACAGUAAACACCACUUAUACUUGAGAAAACCCGAGGUAAUAAAAUUCCUUUCAACUUGAUAAACACCAAUUAAUGUUCAGGCCCUCCUAACACUGGUCAAACCUAAAUAACCACGUCUGCUGUAACAGAGGCUGCAUUAAACGUUAUGCCCCACACAGCCCUACUGCUGUGAUCCCAAUUCAACUGCUUCUCUGCCUUUUCUGAUAAAUUAGCUUACACGGUGCCUCCUAACAGUCAGCCUGAGGCAAUACUUAAAUUACCUUUUGCUUUUCUUUUGGGGAGAAGAGGGAAAGUAGGAGACAGACCUAGGACAGUAUGGCUUAGUUUUUUCUGGCUGUCUCAACUUUUAGAGACCGUUCUGAAUUAAAUAAAACCAGAGACAAGCUCCUUGGGAAAACGGUAUUGCUCUGACAUCCCUGGUACUGACCGCAGGACAGCCUUCUCUUGUUUUUAAACUUCAAGAGUUAAGGGUAAUGCAAGUCACUAAACAAAACCAAAAAAGUUUAGAAAGAAGAAAAGAGAAAGAGGAGACUUAAAACUGCCAGCAACCAUGACUGGUUAAACCACACCCCAGUCUUUUCAAGUCCAAAGCUACUGGAGGUUGUAAUGGGCACUUUCAGUGCUGGCCCAUUUUCAUUGCACACAGAACUAAACCUUUGCAGUCUAGGAAUAAACAGCCUGGGCACCUCCAGAGAAGAAACUGAUCAGUCUUAGUUCUAGCAGCUGCUAUAAAAAUACACUUCUUUUUUUUCUGUCAUAAAACUGAGGCCAGAAGAAACAGGGGCUAACAGAACAGAAAAUUAAUCAUUUCAUGAAAUAUGCAUUUGCUGUUCAGUAGUACGUCAGCUCACCUAGAAAUGAGUCUUUUUAAUAUGCAGCACCUAAAAAGCAGGGGGAGUUAAGGUUUUUUAGUAUGUAAAGCUUUUUGAGUGGAGGCAGUAAAUCAUACAACAUGAAGGAAGGAAUAAGCCUCGGGAUGUGCAAGAGAUGAGUUUGGGGGAGCUGUUUUCCCCUACUGUCUUGUGUACAAAUGCAUUCCCCAUGCUCUGAAGCUUUCUGGAAUAGGUUGUAUGAGGUCAUGAACAUAAAUGUGGGCCUUAGUGUUGUUUUUCCAGCAGAUGAAAUAGAGCCUGCCCUGCUUACAAAGCUGUUCUCUUAACAGAGCACAUUCCUUCCACUCAGACAAUCCUAACGGUGGAAAACAGAGGAUUAGAACCUGUAGGUAGUGUCUGAAGGUCCAGCUCUACCGCAGUAACACAUCAGGCAUGUUAAUGAGCCAGGCCUGAAGACAUUGUACACAAGACUCUGAAAAGGAGUGGAGGUGGGAGAGAGAAAAGCUCUCUCCAAGCUGGUGUUUUGCUGUACACCUCAGCUGGUAGGUACUCAGGGCAGCAGAAUGAACCCUACAUGAGGGGUGAGUAGUUCUGAGCAGCAAAUACAUAUUCAUAUUCAUGCAGUAAGAGAGACUAGCUUUUUUGUCUUUUCAAAGAGCCACUGAGUUAAUAUGCUGGUAGGGAAACAUUUUACAUGCCUCAUGAUUCCUAGUCCUUUCUUCUCCUACUGCAUGCAGCACCCCUUCUCCCAGAGAAAAACACCAAACAGUUCCAUACUUCUGAGUAUUUAUAGUAUUUGAUCCCCGUUUCCCUGGGAGCAACCCUCAGAAGAGACUGAGGACCCAACACACCACUCCUGGCUCUGUCCCCCUAAGCACUUCAAGGAGCUCAUGAGGGCUGCACCAACAGAGAAAGCUUCGUGGUACUUGCCAAAGUCACACCCACCCCCUUCACUGUAUGGAAGGAAUGACAUCUGUCAGUAGGAAGCAGUGCUUGCCCCUUGUCCCCACAAGCAACUGUAUGUUCUACAACUGCCUUAACAAAAGUAGUCUUAAUGUUUGUUUACACCAAAAUAAAA